AUGGCGACCAAGCCGGCACCUGCCUUGCAGAGCAGCUUCAAAGAUCGGGCUCAAUUCCAACUUGGUUCGUUGUCGCAUGUACUGAAUCAGCGGUGCAGCUUGUACAAGGACUUGAGCGAAUUCCCGGAAACAUCAUCGGACCCAGCCCUCCGCCGAGAAGCCAACGCAGUCGAUCAUGCGCAAUGGCUGGAUGUGGGAGAAGAAGCAGUUGAAGAGGAAGAAGAUGAGGAUGAAGAUGAGGACGAGGAAAGUGACGAGGAGGGAGAUGACAGUGACGAUGAAGACGACGAAGAAGAGGAAGAUGCUGCUGACGAAGAGGGCGAUGACGAGGAAGAUGAUGAUGAUUCCGAUAAACUAAUUUUCAACGUGGUCGAAGGCGGCGGCAUCGAGCUGUCGCUUGGUUUCCCUCGGACCAAUCAACAAAAUUUUACGCCGUUGCGGUUCCAGGUGUGCAACAAGGGAGAUGUCGAGCUGAGUAACAUUGAAGUCUGUCCCCCGACUGGGAUGAACACCACUGGUGUUACAAAGAUUGCGAGCUUGGCAGCUGGGGCUAUGACCACAUUGUCGUUGGGAGUUGAUUUUGGGGAUAGUGGAAAGAAGACCGAGUGGUCGCUGACCCGCGACGAGGGUGAUGCUCGAAAGUUUGAUCUAGAGAUUCCUAUCGGCGAACAAGUGCAACCGAUAAAAAUCCCGGAAGCGGAGGUUUCAUUGAAAGGCGCGUGGAACGAUCACCAUAUCUACUCGGUAGCGAACCUAUGGAAGAGCGGCGAUAAAACAUUUACCGGCCAGACGCGUUCCCGUAAAGAUAUAAUGGUUGUGACAUUCGAAGAGGGUUCCGUAGAGGAUCUCGUGCAAACCGUCUACAAUUGGCAGUUGAUACAAUGUCUCUAUAUGUGGGUCCGAGUUAUUGGCAAGAGCCACGACGUUGAGGGUGCCGAUGCACUGAAUGAACUCCAUUACCCCUUGACGCAAGUGGUCGUUGCGACACUAAACGCUUCGGCUCAACAAGUGGAAGAGGCUGGAUGGCGUCAAGCUGCUGCAGACACAUUGUUCAAAAUACUGCUCCAGGCGGCUCAUAUCUUAUCGAGCAGCCCCGCUUUUCCGGAUGCCACCCUGAUUGCCAGCCAUCAGAUCCGAAGUUUCUGCAAGAAUUGUCGCAGCCCGGAUAUCAGUCGUUUGUUCAAGGCGCUCAACGACAAGAUCCGCGAGCACUCGAUAUGGGUUUUGGAGAAGAUGAGCACGCGUGGCAUUGACCUGGCCGAGCCCUUGACCCUACUUCGCGCUCGACAAGCUCUCGCCGACCCAGCAAGCCCCAUCGUCAUCUACCACAAUCAGUUCGCCCGUAUUUGGAAGAUGAGAGCGGCCGCCCUGCAAAGGAACGACACUCUGGCCGCGAAGAAAGCGACUGCCAAGACGGCACCUAAAGAGGAAUCUGAGGAACCAGAAGAUGUAAAGCCGACGAUAACGAGCAAGCAGAAGAAGAAGCAACAAAACGGUCAUGACGAGGCGGAACCCAUUGUCGUCAAAGGAAAGAAGGUGAAGAAGGCGAAAAAGAAGAAGUUGAAUCCGAGCGCCGCCAAGGGAGACUCAAUCGACACCGUGCUCGACCUCCGCAACAUGGAUUGGUCCGAU